AUGGCCGCUGAUGAGGCUUCUGAAGGAACGGCCGUCACCAUCAUCCAGUCGAUGGAAACAGAGGAGGAAGAUCCGGACGGCGGCGUAGCCGUCAAAGUUCUGGACCAGCCCCUGGUAAAUCCUCCGGUGCUCCGCGUAAAUACGGACCCGAUCCUGGAAGAUGAACCCAUGGAGAUGGAUACCGGAGCAGAGACGACCCUCGAGGAAGCUACCGAUCUUGAUGGGAAAACGCCAGAUAAGGUCCCGGGUCUCAAUGAAGACGCUGAGUCCGUCGGCAGCGGGGACAAGUCCGGAAAAGCGCAAAAAGACGACGAUGAUGUGAAGUCGGGUCGAAUCGGGGCUUCGGCUGAGCCGACGGAGCUCGAAAGCGCCGACCCGAUCGGAAAGAUUGAAGAAGUUGAGGAAGCUGCAGAGGCUGAAGACGCUGAGGAGAAGAUGAUCGAAGACGUCGACGAGGACGCCGACAACAGACUGGGUAUCGAUCAGACCGCCGGAAAGUCUGGGAACCUCGAAGAUGGGCCCCAGAACGACGCCGAGGAAUCAAACGACGCCGUCGCGAGAUCGCCUGAACAGGCCAGCGAGAAACCCGUUCCCAAAGCCGUCUCAGCGCCCCCGCUCGAUGACGAAGACACCAUCGACAGUGGUCAUGAAGAGAAAUCGACAGAGUCGGGAACGGAGACCGCCGCGCAGUCCGAAGCGAAAGAUGGUGACCAAUCGACAAGCAAGAGGGCCACGAGGAAGUCCGCGACGAAAACACCCACGCCCACGCCGCAAUCCGAUCUCGAGGACGAACCCUCGAGGAGCGAGGCCUCGGUCGAAGGCGACGAGAAUAUCGAGGGCAGUAGCAAGUCGCCCAAGCAGAAGGCUCGCAAGUCCAGCAGCGGUGGCGGCGGCGGAUCGACAUCGACCGACGAUGAAGACGGUGCCCACAGCAAUCCAUCUCAGUCUCCUCGCGAUAGAGUUUCGGAUGCUAGCAGCAGUAGUCCGAGCAAAAGCUUCGAGACCAGCUCCGAACACAUGAAAAUGAGAGGGAGACUCCAGAAGGAGUUGCGCAAAUUGGGCAUCGACAACCUCGACUCGAAACCCGAAGAGGUGAAUGCUGAAGAGGAAGAAAAACCCGCCGGUCGGCCAUCUCGUAAUGCUGCGCGCGUUGCUGCCCGCAAGAUUACGAAUGUCGUUGCGAAAUCCAACAUGACGAUGGAGAGCUUAGCGGCAAGCGACGGCGAGGAUUAUUCGGGUGACGGGAUCUCAACUCGUCUCGCGGCUCAGAAGAAGGCCGCAAACAGGAAAAAACUCACCUAUGUCAGCGGACAGAAAGCGCUAAUCAACAAUGACCUCAUGAUGGACUGUAUGGAGGAAGCCUUGGCGCCAUGUCAGAUCGACGCCUUCAGGAGUGCCGUGCACCAUUACAACACCAUCACGAACCAAAUUCACCAAAUGCAGAAACGAAAACUACAGGUCACCUUCAACAGCCGGCCUCUGACCAAUCAGGAAUACGAUCUGAUGACGAACCCGACGAAGAAAGACGACGAAAAGUACAAACUCGAACCGGCGACAUCCAAAGUCUGUCGGGGAGGUUGGAACUUGGUCACGGUACAGCGUUUGGGCACCGAACAGCUCCGACCCAAUAUCGUCAUGACCCAAUCGGCGCCGUUCGGAGAUCUACCGGACGAGGGCGAGGACGACAUGACUCGGCUCGAGGAAGAGUUCGCCAUCCACCAACUCGACACGAAUCCCGUGCCUUUAGUCAAACAUAAGUUCUUAAGGCCCACGGUCGGAACGAGGAGUCGACACUACGCGUGCGAUUGUAACGUCGAGACCGAUAUCAGUCCGGCCGAGUCCACGCUCGACGGCUACGUGUGGCGAUGCUCGAAAUGCUCACGCACUUGGAACAUCCAGCGUCCCGAGCAGACACUCUUCAGCUGGUAUGCCAAAAUACCUCUCUACAAGUUUCUCAACGUCAUCAAAUCUUGGGUUCUGGCCCAUUCGUGCGAGGAGACGGCUUCCUUGACCGGGGUCGAUACGUUCAUUGUUAGAAGUAUAUGGCGCAGUAUUCAGGAACUGUGUCAUAAGGAUGUUCUGCGGAGGAUCUUACCUCUCGGUGCAAGUGGUGACGUCGUCGAGGUCACCGCGGCCCAUAUAGACCCAUUCGUGGUUCUGGCGGCUCUCGACAAGAAGACCAAUACUUUCCGAGCGAAGGUAUUCCCCGCGAUCACGACGUCAGAGGUGGAUCUCGCGAAGGCCGCUAGUACCUGGAUCGCGAAAGACAGUGUCAUCGCCACAAAGUCCUCCAUAAUGCGGACGACGUUCAUGGAGGAGCAGAAGUUCACGAAGGUCCCCCUCCUGACCGAAACUUCGACUCUCGACGAAUUCUUGCUCAUACAUUUGUCGGAUCAUUUCGGCAACUUCAGAUUAGAGAGCUCUCACAAGCCGAUCUUGGAGGGAUUUUUGUACGAAAUUCAAUGGCGUAGAGCCUUCGGUCGAUUCGGUCCGAGAGAGAGCUUUUGGAGAAUGAUCGCCCAACUUCUCCCAACAUCCCAAGAAGGCAUGGCUUUCCUGGCUCAGGUCGCGUCCCAGUUUGUGACCCCGGGGGGACAAGUUCCGUUGGGAGUGAGACAGCCUCUAAUCGAGAGACGAAACUCGAACGACGAUGUCUUGGUCAUCCGGGACGAAGAGGAAGAAAGCGUCAUUCUGGAGAACUACUACUAUGCAAGACGCGAUGGCGAGCGACAUGUACAAAAACACAAGAAAUAUAUGAGGGACGGCGAGAUGUUCUUCCGAUGUCCCGUCUGCAAGAAAGUCGCCAAAAACAACAUCUCCAUCAUGAAGCAUAUAAGCAUGCACCUGAAGAGUAAUCGGGAGUUCAAUCCCGACGUCUCCCACAUGUGCAUCUGCCGUACGUGCUUCAGAGAGUUCGAAACACCGUAUGACUGUCAAGUUCACGUCCAGCAAGUGCACUUGGCAGCACCCGAGGGCAAACGCCUCUGCUGUAAAAUCUGCUCGUUGGGCUACAGCGACGAAGAACAACUGGUGUACCACAUGAAGACGACGCACACCGCUCGCGAUAUGCCAUUUGUUUGUAAGAUCUGUCACUACCGAUCAUCGUUCAAACAACACGUGAUGGACCACUUCCGGGAGAAGCACUCGGGCUGCAAUGCCCUCCAGUGUCCCUACUGUCUCGAGAUGUACUACUGCCAGGCGAGACAGGUCGUCACUGGCGUCCAGGGCACGACGAAGUUCUAUUCGCACCUCUUCAAACACAUGAACAACACGCCGAAAACGUGUAGUCAGUGCUCGCUGCCCUUUAUCAAGCAGAAGGAUUUGCGUGCCCAUAAGAUCGAAUGUCACAACAAGAACGUUGUCGGCAAGGGCAAGAUGACCAGUUGUGGCUGGGUUAGCGAGAAUCCGGUAAUUGUCCACAAACCGCGAAAGAAGCCGUCAAGCCCGCCGGCGAGCGAGAAGAAAGAUAGGGAAGUCUUUUCAUGCGCCUUCACUCCCUCUCCCGCAGAUGAGGAACCUCCGGAGGAUUCGGCAGACGCCAAAGUCAACUGGUUAGUCCCUUCGCUGAGGCUCCCUGAAGACGUCGAGGACUACGAUUGUCGUGAAUGUCAGAAACCGAUUACUCAGGAACAUUUCUGUCGAGUCCUCCGGUGCACGGAGUGUCAUUUCUUCACCUGCUGCCAGAGCAGUUUCACCGGUCACAUGCUGAAGCAACACGCUCAGAGGUUGUCAACGGUCCCGAAAACCAUACCGACGAUCCCGCUUCUCGACAACAAACAGAAUCCCGAGAAAUUCAUUGGCCGUUGCAAAAAGUGUGAUGAAAAGUUCGAGGACGGCAACUCGUUGGUGAAGCACCUCGUGCUGUCCUGCGGAAUCAACGAUGGAGCCACCAUCGAACUAGGGAAACGAAAGGCAGCGAUGAAACACACCCAAGUCAAACGGCGACGAGGUGCAGAACAAGAGGAGGAACACAAGUUCGAAGAUGUUGUCGGGGAGCCCUUCACAGAAGUGUUCAACACAUCGUCUUCCAACUCGGUCGGCAGCACUCCCAUCAAAACGAAUGUACCUAAACAAGCCAAAGGGCAAAAAUCCGGCGGGUCGACAGAAAUGGUUUGUUUCCUCAGUCAACUUGGUCUCCGGAACAGCUCUGAGAGUUGUUCACAAUUCAAAGUCAACUAUGCGGGACCGAAGUGUGUGAAACAACAAUGGAUCAGCAUGGGACUGGUUCAGCAAGAAAUCGAGUCGUCGAGCGAUUCUGAAGACGAAACGAAAACCAGAGAAAAAGAAGCUCGGGAGAAAGCGCGCAAAGAACGAGCGUUGGGACUCUUACCAAAAACCAAGGAGACCGACGAAGACCACAUUGGCGAAGCCAAUAGUCCCCCAAGCUCUAGCUCAAGCGAUUCCUCAGUCACUGAUGUUGAUCUCGAUUAAAUCAAAUUCGCCGCGAACUCACUUGGAAUAUAAUACACCAACUCAUCCCAUCUCCGCCCGCCUCAUCCCGCAUCCUUCUCUACAAUAACCGGCCGGAACACCUCCCUGGAAGUCGCUGUCGAAUCCAAUCGGCGACG